CUCGCAUAGGCUUCAACGUUGCAGGCCGGGCAGCGUCGUUUCAUUUAAGCGUCGGACAUCAGCGGGCGCGCAUGCGCACUCGUAAGAUAUAUCGGUGAAUCGAUCUGGAGUAUCUGUCUAUAUACGUUUGGCCUAUUUUUGUACAGAUUAUUUCUGCGCGUGUGUGUUCAAAUCUGCUAUCGAGAUCUUCAGGCGGCACGUCUCAGCCAAUUAAGCCCGGUUUAAUAACCCGCAUUGAUUGGCAUAGAGUUGAUAACCAGAACCUUAAUGAAUCCAACGCCCUUCGGAAGGCGGGCCUAAAAGUGAAACCAUUUGAAGCUCAAAGUAGUUCUGUAAUCGCUAUAACCGAUCGAGUGGAUCCAACCAGAAGGCCAAGGCCAAGUUAUAGAACUCAACUGAGUGAAGACAAAGUCCGGCUUUUGCUUAUGGAGUUUACAUGUGUAUCACGGAUCGUUGAAUCAGUUUUCGAGUUGGCUACUGUAUCGACUCAUUGAACUACUCGCCGGCUUUAUUGAGAUUAAGAUACGGUCAAGAUGAGAUUUCUUGAAGUCUUGCUUCUCUGUCUGUGUUCCUUUCAAGCCGCCAGGGGCCAACUUCUGGUGGACUUGGCCCGUGAUUUCGAGACUUCGCUGCUAAACAACCGGAUUCCGGACACCACACGGUUUCUGCCGGAAUAUGACUUCAUCAUCGUGGGAGCUGGCAGUGCGGGUUGUGUGCUGGCCAACCGACUGAGUGAGAUUACCUCCGCCAGUGUUUUGCUCCUGGAAGCCGGCGAUCAGGAAACCUUCAUCAGCGAUGUCCCGCUGACUGCAGCUCUCACUCAAAUGACACGUUACAACUGGGGCUACAAGGCAGAGCCCACGGAAAACGCAUGUCAAGGACUAAAGGGCGGCGUUUGCAAUUGGCCCAAGGGGCGUGGCGUGGGCGGCACGAGUUUGAUCAACUUUAUGCUAUACACUCGGGGUCAUCGCAGGGAUUACGAUGAAUGGGCAGCGGCGAAUAACUCAGGUUGGUCCUACGACGAAGUUCUGCCCUAUUUCCGAAAAUCCGAAAGGAUUGGCAUUCCCGAGCUGUAUAAAUCACCCUAUCAUGGUCGCCACGGACCGCUGGAUGUGCAGUACACAGACUAUAGAUCUCAACUGCUGAAGGCCUUCCUAAAAUCCGGCAGGGAAAUGGGCUACGACAUCACGGAUCCAAAUGGAGAGCAGUUGAUGGGUUUCGCGAGGUCUCAGGCCACCAUUCGGAAUGGCAGGCGGUGUAGCACCAGCAAGGCCUUCAUACAGCCUGUGGUACAUCGCAAAAAUCUGCACAUCUCCAUGAAGAGCUGGGUCACCCGGCUAAUUAUCGAUCCGAUCACGAAAACUGUCAUUGGGGUGGAGUUCGUAAAGCAACGCCAACGGUUUGUGGUUCGAGCCAGAAAGGAGGUAAUUCUAUCCGCUGGCACCAUCGCCAGUCCCCAAAUCCUCAUGCUAUCCGGAGUGGGUCCGGCGGAUCACCUGAGGGAGCACAAUAUCACAGUGGUGCAGGAUCUACAAGUGGGCUACAAUCUUCAGGAUCACAUAACACUCAAUGGUCUGGUUUUCGUGGUCAACGAUUCGACGGUCAACGAUGCCCGUCUACUGAACCCUUCGGACAUUUUUCGGUAUUUAAUUGCGGGACAGGGACCAUACACUAUUCCCGGUGGAGCAGAGGCAUUCGCUUUUGUGAGGACUCCCAGCUCCAGUUUUGCCACGGACUAUCCCGACAUGGAACUGGUCCUAGGAGCAGGAUCUUUGAGUGGCGAUCGGUUUGGCACCAUGCGAAAUUUACUGGGCAUAACCGAUGAGUUCUAUGACACGAUGUUCGGAGAUCUGCAGAGCAAGGAGACUUUCGGUCUGGUUCCGGUGCUUCUGCGACCCAAAAGCCGGGGACGCAUAUCGUUGCGCAGCCGCAAUCCUUUCCACUGGCCGCGCAUGGAACCCAACUUUAUGCAGCAUCCGGACGAUGUGAGGGCCAUGAUCGAAGGAAUCGAAAUGAUCCUCAAACUGGCCCGAUCCAAGCCCAUGGUGAAGAUGGGCACUCGUUUUCAUGACCGUCCUUUUCCGGGAUGUCAGCACCUUAAGUUUGCCAGCGAGGAGUACUGGAGGUGCUGUCUGCGAAGAUAUGGAUCCAGUUUGCAGCACCAAUCGGGCACAUGCAAGAUGGGUCCCGCCACCGAUAAAUCUUCCGUGGUGGAUGCCCAGCUCAGGGUGCACGGCAUCCGGGGACUACGGGUUGUGGAUGCCUCGGUGCUGCCCAAUGUCCCAGCUGGCCACACGAACGCCGUUGUGAUCAUGGUCGCUGAGAAGGCGUCCGAUAUGAUCAAGGAUGCUUGGCGAAUGAGGACCACUCCUUUGGACUCCUAAAUCUAUCCUUAAACUAGUUAUUUAUUGUUUAGUUGUUAAGACAUUAGGUUAAGUUCUCAUGUGAUAGUUAGGCUGACUUUCAAAUGUUCUUUGGCUUGUAAAUGGGGUUUCUUUUAAUGUUUUAUAUUAUGAGUUGUGAUUGGUGUUAGAUAUGAAUAUUUAUUCAACGCACUGAUAUUUAACAUUUUUGUAAUUUAUGUUGUUGUUUAACUCUUUGGACUUAAAUUAAAUUAAAUACAAAAUUAUAAAACUUUG